AUGCCCUAUGAGACUGAGACGAGAAGCCCCGACUCCGGGGAUAAAGAAGAGAGACAUUUCGAGCCAUUUUCUGCAACCAGAACUAUCCACUCAAACCAUCAUUUCUGUCUGCUUUCUUUUAACGAGUUACCAGAAUGGUACAGAGACAAUCAAUUCAUUAGACACGGCUAUCGACCAGUCUCCGAGUCAGCCAAGACUUGCUUGCGAAGCUGGUUCUACGUACAUAAUGAAUUAGUCAACAUCCAUUCUCACCUGUUGCCUUCGGUAGCUUUCCUUCUUGGAGAGUCUUACAUACUCGAGCCUCUCCACCGCAGGUAUUCCAGAGUCACUGCCGGAGACUACUUCGUCCUUGCCUUCUUUCUCUUGACCGCAACUGCGUGUUUCGGGCUUUCUGCUGCGUAUCAUACCCUUAUCAGUCACUCUGAGAAAGUCGAGUCGAUAUGGCUGCGGUUAGACUUUUCUGGAAUCAUUCUCCUGAUUCUGGGUUCUUUCGUCUCCGGUAUAUAUGUAGGUUUCUGGUGUGAAAACUUACAACGAAACAUUUAUUGGGGAAUGAUCGGCGGACUCGGUGCUCUCUCGCUGUUCGUUAUGCUGCACCCAAAGUUCCAAGGCAGCCGCUGGCGCACUUUUCGCCUCCUGACUCUCGUGUGUACUGGCUUAUCCGGGUUUGCACCUAUCGCCCAUGGUAUCUAUAUGUUUGGCUUUCCGCAGAUGCUGCUACAGUCUGGGUUACUGUAUUAUCUUAUCGAAGGAGGCCUGUUUUUGCUAGGCGCGGUUGUAUAUGCCACAAGAUUUCCUGAACGUUUGAAACCGGGCAAAUUCGACUUAUACGGGUCGUCUCACCAGAUCUUCCACGUCCUGGUAGUACUCGCUACAGUCACCCACCUGGUUGGCGUACUGUCUGCCUUCGACUAUAAUUACAUCAACCGGCAAUGUCCCUCACACUGA